UCAGUGCCUCUCCCCCCCUGCAUCAUCCAUCUUCUUUAGUUUUUUCAGACAACCCCAUAUGCUCUAUUUAUUUGACAAGGUGGUCCAAAAGACUCAAUUCUUCUGGCCUCCACCCCCCCUAUGCUUUUCCCUGUUCAUAUUGCCUUCUUCUCUUAACUGUCAUAAUUAUAUCUACCAAAGCAAUUCAUAAAGCAACACAUUCACUAGCAAGCUUGCAUAUUCUUCUAUCUUUCUUUCUUUUUUCUCCAUUCUGUUAUUAUUAAGGUUCAGUGCAGGAAAGUUUGGAGAUUUUAUCGGCAGUGAUGGAGAGGUUGAACUCAAAGCUGUACCUGCAGAACUGUUACAUAAUGAAAGAGAACGAGAGACUAAGGAAGAAGGCACAGCUUCUUAAUCAAGAGAACCAGGCACUGUUGUCUGAGCUCAAACAGAAACUCUCCAAGGGAAAUCAGAAAGCUAAUGCUCCAAACAACAUUCUUGACCUGAGUCUGAGCUCAAGUGGCAGUCAAAAUCCUUCUAGUUCCUCCAACUAAUGUACUUAGCCAUGAGAAGCAUUGUGACCCCUCUAGUGACAGUAAUUGUUUUUCUUUUUUCUUCUAAUCUUUUUGUGUAAAACCAAUGUGAGCAGUGUAGUUGUAGUUUCUGUUCCAUAGGACAAUACUAGCAAUCCUCUACCAGGGCACUGUUACUUCCAUUUCCAUGUUUAAUCAACUUUUCUCUUUUGGGGGGUUAGAUAUGAAUUUCUGAACUACAAGGUCUUAAGACGGUGUAUCAGCUCUAUCUGCUAGAAAGGAAUAUAAAGUUAUUAUAUGCUUA